UCCAUCCUCCCCGGCCCCGCCCUUCUUUCGGUGCCGUUAGUCCUCGAUUGUCGCCGACAGCCUCCAUCUGGCUAUUACUAGGGCGAUCAUUUAUGGGAAGCCCGGAUUUCUUACUAACGCACCUACAUUGUGGAGCCCGGGAGAGACGCGUGGCGACCCGCUAGCGACUUUCUACAUAUGAAAGAUUAAAAACAGAAGUUUAAAGAUGAGUUUGACAUCGUGGUUUUUAGUGAGCAGCGGAGGCACACGACAUAGACUCCCAAGAGAAAUGAUUUUUGUUGGAAGAGAUGACUGUGAGCUUAUGAUGCAGUCAAGAAGUGUGGACAAACAACAUGCUGUUAUCAACUAUGAAGCCUCUACUGACGAGCAUUUAGUGAAAGACCUGGGGAGUCUUAAUGGGACAUUUGUGAAUGAUAUCCGGAUUCUUGAACAAACUUAUGUUACUCUGAAGCUUGAAGAUAAGCUGAGAUUUGGUUAUGAUACCAACCUUUUUACUGUAGUACGUGGAGAACUGAAGGUACCUGAAGAGGCUCUAAAGCAUGAAAAAUUUACAAGUCAGCUCCAGUUUUCAAAAAAGCCUUUUGAAUCAGAGGGAUCAAAAUCGAAAGGAAUUGAUGCAAAGAUAAAUCUUUCUGCCGAAGCACAUCAAAGAUUAUUAGACCCACAGAGAUCUGAAGAAAAAGUGUCAGUGGAUCUUUCUGCGCUGCCUCGUGGGACUCCCUUGUAUGGACAGCCGUCUUGGUGGGGUGAUGAAGAUGGAGCAGGAGGCACAAAUAACCAAGAUAAGGACAGUAAACUUCAAGAUUCUGGCGCUACAGGUUGCGGCAAAGUUGGGAAAAAAGCUGGUGAACAGGCAACAUCAACAAAGGGAGAAGCUCUCAAUUCAUAUUGCAGAGAAUCAAAUUAUUUUGAAAUCCCUAAUAAGGAACUCCAACAAAAAUCUGAUGGAGAGGGAAAUAUUAUAUAUGAAAUUGCGACAUUAGACCCACACUGCCAGCAAGGGUCAGGCUCAGGACAUGCUUCCUUUACAAUAGAGUUUGAUGAAAGUUCUCCAGGAAAGGUAACCAUUAAAGAUCAUAUAACAAAGUUCACAGACCACCGUCAAAAGGCAAAGAAGCCUUCAUCCAUUGGAGAUAAGGACCUUGCUGGGUUAAAUACAGAACUGAUUGCUGCCGAAAGUAAGGUAGCUGACUGGUUAGCACAAAAUAAUCCACCCCGUUUGCUGAAAGAAGCAGCUGAGGAAGAUACAAAAAGUGUUAAAAGUGAUGUACCGGUAUACUUAAAAAGGAUACAAGGUAACAAACAUGAAGAUGGGACUCAAAGUGACUAUGAAAACAGUACAUCUCUUAAACGGUUAAACAGAUCUACCCAUCAUAAAGACCAUGCAAAACAAAAAAGCCUAGAACAGAGAAUGUUGGAUCUUAAAAUUCAUGCUGGGGGAAGGCAGCAAGACACGGCAAGUCAAACUGCAUUUCUUAUAGAGUUUGUUGAUGAUGACCAUCCAAGAAAGCGACGGUCAUAUUCGUUUUCUCUAAAUGCUAAUGCCACAGGUCCAGAAGCACCAUAUCCUAUUCCACAAUCUAGAAUAGAGAAAGCAAAAGCUGGUACUGUAGAUCCGAAAGGGUUACCCUUAGGUCUGCAGUCAGGCUCAUCCUCUCACAGAGUAAUUCAUAGUACUCAGCAUGCUAAAUUGCUGCUAAAGCAGAAAUCUGAAGAGCCAUGUACAUCUUUAUUUUCACAAAAUAUUUUACUGAGAAGUUCUGGGAGUCUUGGACACCGACCACCAAAUAAGCAACCUACAGUGAACCAUUUUCAGACCCCUUUUGUGAAUAAAAAUCACAAUCAGCUCAGUGAAAAAGCAAAUACAAACGAAGAAAUGGACUCGUCAGAUGCAAAGGAUGUUCUUUCUGUAUCAGGCAGAAAACGUUGGGUAUCCCAGUGGGCAAGUCUGGCUUCUAACCAUGCGGGUCAUGAUCAAGAAAAUGGUCAGAGUGAAUCUAGUAUGUUAGCUUCGGUUGAAAAUGAUGCCGAUAUGAGUGAGUGUGGAGCAUCAUUAAGAAGUACUGGAUCUACCACCUCUGUCCAAAAUGAUCGUAAAAGGAGGACUUUACCAAAGCUUCCUAAAGAAGAAAGCCAUUCGCAGAUCAAUAAACAUGGUAUUAGGUCAGAAGUUGGAGAAAAGCAAGAUACUGAAUUACAAGAGAAAGAAUCCUCUCCUAAUGUAGGGAAGAAAGAAAAUCUUUAUUUCUCUAAUGAAAGGAUGAAUGCAAUAGGUAAACUAGAUAGCAGUUCCGUUGAAAAAUCUAGUAUCCUCACAGAUUAUUCACAACUAAGGCUGGAGGCUUCAAAAAAUGAAAUUUCUGUUGCUGCAGACUCUGUGAAAAAGUCAGUUACAUACAAAACACAACACGAACAGACUAAAGAACAAUUGAAAUCUGUAAAAUCAUUCAAUAAUCCUCCCACUGUCCUUAUUAGCAAAGGUGAAUCAUCUACCCAGAAUGUCUGCAAACCACAAAAAUGUAUAGAGGUGUGUAAAAAAAAAGGAAAUCAGAAAAAUGAUGUUGAAUCAAGCAGCGAUAGUAUUAAACGUGUUGAGACGGAGAGAAAAGAAACCAUGAAACCACUAGUUAGGCAAGGCAGCUUCACUAUUGAUAAACCAAGCUCCAAUGUACCAAUAGAACUUAUACCACAUAUCAGUAAGCAACCUCCUGCAUCACCUGUCUUUCCUUUUUCUUCCGUAAACAAUAUAGAAAGAAAUGACUCUGUAGACACUGACUCUAGCUUGGACACUACACUGCUUUUGAAAGAUACAGAAGCAGUCAUGGCGUUCCUAGAGGCCAGGCUACAGGACGACAGCAAACCUGAUGAUGAUCUAAAAACAUCAAGCUACACCCAAGAAAACUCUAUAUCACCUGAAUCGGAUGUUGAUACAGCAAGUACAAUUAGCAUUGUUGCUGGCGAUUCAGAUAAAAAGUGUUCCCAAAAACGAAAAAGUCUCGGUAGUGUACACAAAGAGAAAUCCUUAACAGCUUCUCCUUCCAAAGACUCUCACGGCUCAGCAACUGUGUACCGAGAAAAAACUGAAAGAAAAAAUAAAACACAUGUAAAAGAGGUUGGGAGUAGAGCUGAAAUGCGUAAAGUGGUGCGAACAAGUAUAAAAAACCGGCAACCAUCUCUUGACCUUACAGAUGAUGAUCAAACUUCUAGUUUACAUUGUUCAGCUGUAUCAGAUAUUUUGUCAUCUGACCAAGAAAAUUAUUCCGGAAGGUCCCUUUCCAAAUCUCAGUUUGUGUCUUCAGAUGACAAAUUAAUCGCAUCAAAAACUACUGCUGGAAAGUCAAUUACACUUCCAAGGCCUCGCCCAACAAGGACUUCACUGCUGCGUAGAUCACGUUUAGGUGAAACAUCAGAUACAGAAGUUAUGGAUGCAGAUAGGGCUUCUGUUGCCUCUGAAGUUUCAACAACAAGUUCAACUUCAAAACAAACUUCUAGUAAAAAAGUGCUCUCAAGGAUUGAUUUGCUUGCACAGCCACGUAGAACAAGAUUGGGUUCCUUAUCUGCACGCAGUGACUCUGAAGCAACAAUAUCAAGAAGUACUGGAUCUUCUCGAACUGUAGAAUAUGCAAGCAGGGGUAGUACUAAAACAACUUCAACCACUGAUGGAAAAAGUUCCCCAAGAGCCAGAGCGAACAGCAUUUCUCGUUUAUCAGAUGCUAAAACAAAGACCACUCUACCAGCGUAUACCUCUCCUUCAGUAAAUACCCGAUGGAGGCGUUUACCACCAGAGUAUGCUUCUACUUCUGAAGAUGAGUUUGGAACAAUCCGUAAUUCUCCUAAACCCUCAAGACUACGUACCUCUCCAGCAACUAAAGUUCAGAAGUCACAAAUUAAUGGAAGUAGCCCAGUCAUAGCAGCAUCUGGAGCUUUAAAUGUGCCAACAUUUAAACAUAAGGCAAAAGAACAGGAAGAUUAUAUCCGUGACUGGACGGCACACCGUGAAGAAAUAGCAAGGAUCAGCCAAGAUUUGGCCCUCAUUGCUCGGGAAAUUAAUGAUGUUGCAGGGGAAAUCGAUUCAGUGACUUCCUCAGGCACGGCACCUAGCACCACAGUAAGCACGGCAGCAACCACACCUGGUUCAGCUAUAGAUACCAGAGAAGAGCUGGUAGAUCGUGUUUUCGAUGAAAGCCUAAACUUUCAAAAGAUCCUUCCUUCAAAGUUGUCUAAAUCAGAGACCGCUUUUCGGGCAAAUGAUUCAAAACCUCAACCUAAGGAAACCCCUGAACCACAGAUUAUCACUAGAAGAAAAACUUGGAGCAGAGAUGACGUAAUGGGAGAUAGUUUACUGCUUUCUUCAGUAUUUCAAUUUUCCCGGAAAAUUAGACAAACCAUUGACAAAACAGCGAAUAAAAUAAGAUUAUUAUUUAAAGACAAGGAACGAAAUUGGGAUGAGAUUGAGAAAAAAAUAAGAUCAGAGAGUGAAGUGCCUAUUUUGAAAACUUCGUGUGCGGAAAUUUUAUCAAUACUACAAGAAUUAAAACGAAUAGAAAAACAGCUACAAGUAAUUAAUGCAAUGAUCGAUCCGGAUGGCUCACUGGAUGCCCAGAAUGCCCUAGGAUUUAGUACUUCCCUGCCCUCAGUACAGUCAGCGCGGAAAGAAAGUUACUCAUCACACACCGUCAUUUCACUACUACCACAUUGUCAACGUGAAAGCAGAACCAGUCGGCAAAACAUUAGAUUUACUUCUUCGGACAUGGAUGGUUCUGAAGCGAAUGCUCAUUUUGGUGUAACAUUAAAUAGGUUCAAUCCUGAUGGUAAAGAAGAUUCUACUUUACAUGAAUAGAGUUUUCCUUGUGUUAAAACGUAACUGAAACCAUUCAGGUUUCAGCAUGUAACUUGUACAUUUGUAGAUGAAACUGUUAAAGGGGUAUUCCGGGGUAUAAUUUUAAUUAAAAAUAGGGUUGGAGUGGGGUGAAAUAAACAAGCAAUACUCAACAAGUCACUGGCUGAAGCUGUGACCAGCUGAGUGGACAGUCCAAGCAGAUUCUGGUGCAUCAAGAAUAUCCCUAAGGCUGGGUUCACACUUGAGCGUUGCGCAAACGCGCGUUUUUGACGCGCAUUUUUAUGCGCGUUUUUGUAAUAGUAAACGCGCGUUUGACGUGCGUUUGUGUGAUUCACUACA